GUCUAACCAAGAACCACGAAGUUUCUGAAACUUCCUUAAAAUAACUUACUUAUAGCUACUUUUAGACUAUAAUUGGUACUUAUUCUGAAGAAUUUUAAAAUAAACUCGCGAAAAUGGGGAAAAUAAUGAAAGCAGGCAAAGUUGUAAUCGUUCUUAGUGGACGCUAUGCUGGACGAAAAGCUGUAAUAUUAAAAACAGUUGAUGAUGGCACGAAUGAGAAGCCUUUUGCACAAGCUCUUGUAGCUGGAAUUGCACGUUAUCCAAGACGUGUUGUUCGUCGUAUGCGAAAGGAUAAGAUUAAGAAGAAUACACGUAUAAAGCCAUUCAUUAAAUGCAUCAAUUAUAAUCAUUUAAUGCCAACACGUUACAGCGUAUCAGACGUGACACUUGAUCAGAAAUACGGCAUUAAGGAUUUGAGAGAUCCAAUAAAACGCAAAAAGGCUUCAUUCCAAAUUCGUAUGAAGUUAGAAGAUCGCUUUAAGCAAGGCAAGAACAAAUGGUUCUUCCAAAAAUUACGUUUCUAAACAACGUACUCAACAUUCGUACUUACUUAAUUUACUAUUUUAUACCAAAGAAAUCAAUGAUCUCAAUU